UUUACUGAAUAUCUGUAUUCUUCCGUUCCAGCACCUGUUGAGAUUCCAUCGAAUGUGUCGUGCUUUUCGCCGGAGGAUUGGGUUUUAUUAGAUGCGAUGGGGUGCACACCAAUCCCCGGCUGCUCCGGCCGCUUUCUAACGAUGCAUAAAAGGCGCCGUAAAAAGUUGCAAACUCGAGCCCUCAUCCAGGAUCACGGCAUCCUCGACGACAUCCACCAUGGCCAAGUUCAGAGGAUAUUGGAUAACUGCGGUUUAUGGGGAUUCAACGCGUUCACUUUGGAAACAGUUGCAGGAGGACGUUCCCUUCCGGUCCUCUGCGUUCACUUGUUCUACUGGUACGGAUUGCUGGAUCAUUUCAAGCUGGACGUAGUCAGAGUUUGGAAACUAUUUACACUCAUUGAGGAAGGUUACCACAACACGAAUCCCUAUCACAAUUCGAUCCACGCGACGGACGUGACGCAGGCGAUGCACUGCUUCUUGCAGGAGGAGAAGAUCAGAAGAUUCUUGUCGCCCAUCGAAAUCAUGGCUUCGUUGAUCGGAGCCGUCGCGCACGAUCUGGAUCAUCCGGGCGUUAAUCAGCACUUUCUCAUAUCCACAUCCAAUCAUCUUGCCACCUUGUACGAGAAUAGCUCGGUCUUAGAGAACCAUCACUGGAGAUCCACAGUCGGAUGUUUGCUAGAAAGUGGCGUCGCCGAACAAUUGUUACCUUAUCGAAAUGAAUUAGAAUUGCUAAUUCGUGAUCUCAUCUUAGCCACGGACAUCAAUAGACAGCAAGAAUUUUUGACGAAAUUUAAAAAACAUUUAGAUGAGGGAACUCUGGAUUUAAGCAAAACGGACCAUCGUCACUUCAUCCUGCAAAUCUCGCUAAAAUGCGCCGACAUUUCGAAUCCCACUCGACCCUGGGACAUCUCGCACAAGUGGAGUCUCAAAGUCUGCGACGAAUUCUUCAGGCAAGGGGAAUUCGAACGAAAACUCAAUCUUCCAGUUACUUCCAUUUGUGAUCAACAAUCCACAUCCAUCGCUAAAAUUCAGACUGGUUUCUUUAAAUUUGUUGUUACUCCGCUGUUUAUGGAAUGGCACAGAUUCUUGGAUAGUAAUCUUUCGACGAACAUGAUGGAUCUGCUGGAGUCGAACAGGAAGCGCUGGGAAGCAAAAGAAGCGGCCGAGCAAGCCGAAGAAACGCAUACGGAAUUGUCGGAUGCUGAGCCGGAGAUUGACUUUAGCGAGGAGGAAAUGUCGAAGACCACUUCGCCGGAAACGCUGAGCGUCGCUGAAUUCGUUAAGCCCACCAGCGAUUUUAGGAGUUCGAGAAGACAAUCAUUAGCUGUGCCAACGGUGGAAAGUGCCAUCGGUUUGAGGAGACAUUCAGUACCUGUGAAUAUGGAACCGCUAUCACUGCCAAGAACGAUUUAUAGACGCGAAAGCCUUCCGAUACGACGCCACAGCCCUGCAAGAUCAGAGUCGCGCAUUUCGAGCGGACUGUGCGAGGAAGAUGAGCUGAUGCGUUUCGAAUCCAGAUCAUCGAUUUUAUCGUCUGGAAGUGGAAAACAGCAUUUUUCGGCUGAGGAUAACAUGGAGAGACCGCUGAGCGCUGAGAAUUUAUUGCCGGAACCGAGUAUCGCUUCGAUGACGAGCUGCGCGGCAGCGAGUCGAUUGAGCUCGGUGCUCCAAGGCCAUCAGCCGGUGAAGGCUCUCACCAGACAGCAGACUUUCCCACCACCGCAACCAUACAUCAGGAUGAGAUACAUGUCCGCAACGGUUGAAAUGUCCACAUGCGCCGAAACCGUCCAUGAAGACGAGAGUCGAUCAUCGUCCUCUCACAGCUCACACGAAAACAUAUCAAAGAUCCCGCAGUACACAAUUCCGUCUAUAGCAGUGCUAAGUCCGAACAACGGAAGACAAUCAGAGCUGUUGGAAGCGCUUGCUACGAAACCGGCGAUGUCCUCUAGCAACAAGAGGGAGCAGGAGGAGAACAAGGAGAAGUGCUGCAAGAUGGCAAAGCUCACAGAUUCCGGGCAGAAGGAGAACGUCGACCCAAGAAGAAUGUCCUCCAUAAUUCUAUCAAAGCGACGAGGCUCGGCUCCGGUUACAUUACCUUUCAUACGAGGCGAGGAAAGCAUUAUAUCCGCUGGCGGAGUGAUGCGCCCUCCUGACAUUAAUGCAUUGCGUCGGGGCUCUAUGCCGGCGGAUGUUAUUAAAUACAAAUACGAUGAUGGCCAUCAGGAGAAGUCGAAUGUGCAGCCUGUAGACCAACCUUACAACCUAUGGCAGUACCAGAGAAGAGGAUCUGCUCCGACGGAUCUACCUCCAUUGGGUUCGAGCGAGCGGCGGGAUCUGCUCACGCGACACACCAGUCUGAACGGGAAAAGGCGAAAGAAACAAUUGCGCAGAAGAAGCUCCGGCGGGUCCGAAACUAUUUGCGUAUCUGCAGAUCACACGUUGUCCGAAUCGUGUACCAGACUUCUUAUUCAUAGGAACGACAUCCCUGAGACGCUGCUGGCUCGGCGCAGAGGGUCGCUCCCUAUCGAAGUUCUUACAGUUGGACACUCAGUAUUUUGACGGUUGCCUCUGAAGCCGUUUUUCAGGCGCAGGACAUCGCCGUCCGACAUGCAAUAAGGACCAACGCACUUGACUGAUAAAACCAUCUUCAAGCUAGCUAGUUCAUUAAGAUAAUCUAUAAUAUACACACUUACAUACUACAUACAUACAUAUAUAUAUUAUAUAUAUAUCUCUAUAUAAUAAUUAUUCAUCCCAAGCCAAAUUUUAUUCGUAAAUGUUAAACUUAAUGUGAAAUAAUCUUUGUAGGAUUCUUUCUUUGUUUCUUUUUUAAAUGUACGACUGUGUCUGGACGAAGGUAGUAGCUUAAUGUUAAGGAAGUAUAAGAAACAAAGUUCUUCUAGUUUAAUGUUCUCUCAGUAUACCUAUAAAGUGUUCAUUGUAAAAUUGACCCUGACUGUAAUGUUAGUUUUAUUUUUUACUUCUCCCCCCCUUCGAGUAUUGGAAAACAGUUUUCUUUUCCUUUUUUUCCAUCAACAAGAAUCUUGGGUUUGUUUUCUUCUUUGCUGCGAACAUUUACCACAGUUUUAGUAGAUGUCAUAUUAUAUAUAAAUUAAGUGUGCAAUUCAUGUAUUCGUGAUGUUUUCUCAAGAUUAUUUAUUCUCAACUUAUUUAUAAAAUAUACACGCAUAUUGUAAUAGUGUUUAGUGUUUUGCGCCAAAAAAAAAACGGAAAACUUGUAUGGAAACAGAAUUUAUUGUACCGCAAUUUAAAUUAAUGGACGUAACAACAUUUGUAAUAAUAAUAAUAAUCUAGGACGUCUGUAGACUGGAAAAAUAGCAUCGUCAAAUCAAAAAUAAAUAAUUUAAAAAUGUAAACUUUACUAUUUAUAAUGGUCAUAAUUUCAAAGUAAUUGUUUUGGUUUUCAGUUGAAGCGCUGCUAUUUCACCUUUCAUAGAACAACUAACAUAAAAUUCAUAGUAAACUGUGAACUUUCAACUUGGGACUAACUAGAUAUACUUGUUUAUAUCUAAAAGUCAAUUUAAGCCAAAAAAAAUAUGAUAUAUACAUGUAUAAGAACAAGAAUGA